AUGUUAAUUAAUAUUCUUAGACAAACAAUUAUUGUUGAGAUAAACAGAAAUUUGUGGAUUCAUUCCAACCAAAAUGAUAAAAUAAAAAAUUCUGAAUUUUUUGGAACGAAUGUUGAUAAGUUGGCAAAUGAUUCUUUAUCAAGAUUUAUGAAAUUGCCAAAUAAAUCCUCUGUUAAAGAUGGAAAUAAUUGGAAAAAUUCCGAAAAUGUAUUUGCCCGUAUAUCUCCAGCAAUAGCUAAAAAUGUCUUUCAUCAUGUAAGACACAUUAGACUAUACAAUUAUGGAUUAGAACUUCCAUUACUUGAUUUUAAUUGUCCACAAGGAUGUGAAAAAGAAUGGGAUAUUUGGAAAUGGCUAUUUUUUGUUUCUCUUCUAAUUACCUUCCUUUUUCUUGUGUUACUUUCAAUAUUUGUUUUAAUUUUGGAUAUUCGUGAGAGAUCCUUAUUGGUAUUAGAAUCUGAAGGGCCAAUAGAAAAUAUUAGAAUGGUCAGAAUAGAAGAUGGGAGGGCAAUUUUAGAUGAAAAAGAUUUGAAGAAAAAUAAAUUUAGAAUGCUUGUUGAUAUUAAUUAA